AUGGCAGAUUGGGACGCUCUUCCAAAGUUGGCAUCAUCACGCCGUAUCACUGUUAAUUUAAAUAAUGUCACUUCCGCACCGGCAAGAAUCACAACGGUAACUACUGAUUCAAAAAUAUUCAUAGCCGUUGCUGCUACUGGUGUAGUAGUCCUUCUUAUGGCUUCAGUUUUAGUACCAAUAUCCCUUGCGCUUACUUAUACAGGACCAUUCACAACAACCAGUUUAUCGAGCAUAACUACUACAACGGAUACAACAACAACUACUACUACUACAACGGAUACAACCACAACUACGACUACUGAUGCAUUAUCUGAAUGCUCAUCUUAUACAACAAUCAAUGAUGUGACACGUUUAACGACAGCCGGUUCUGGAAGUGGAUGCGAUACAGCUGUAUUCAAUUCAACUACGGCCUGUGUUCGAUUUAGUGGUGCUGGUGGGACUCAAUUAGCAACAUCUGCUCCCGCUUCAAAUCAAUGUACUACUCAAGCUCCUGGUUGGUAUUCAGGUUCAUUGCCAGGAUCAGGUGUCUCUAAUAAUGAAACGGUAUGCUAUGCUUGGAGUUUGAACAAUUGUAAGUGGUCAAAUACGAUUCAAGUAACAAAUUGUGGUUCAUUUUAUGUAUGGGGUCUUAUUAGUCCGCCGGUUUGCAACCUCCGCUAUUGUACUGCAUAA